AUGAAGAAAAAGAAACCAUACAACCUAAGAGAUGAAGACUCUUCAAGCAAACAAGCUAAAGAGACAAUGAAGAAGCAUGCCGAAAACCAUAUGGAGAGGAUGCUUUGGAAUCUUCUUUCUCCUGGGCAACCUAUCAACAUCGCAACCUGGAACAUCAGGACAAUGUACACAGCAGGGAAGACAUCAGUCAUUGCAGAUGAGAUGAGGAGAUACAAGGUUUCCAUCCUAGGAUUGUGCGAAACUAGAUGGCUCCAGACAGAAAAAGUCAAAUUGGGCAGUGGCGAGUCCAUACUCUACUCUGGACACGCCGACGAAAAAGCACCACAUACGGAGGGAGUGGCACUCAUGCUCUCCAAAGAAGCCCAGAGGGCCCUCAUCAGUUGGGAGCCCAUCAACUCAAGGAUCAUCACUGCAAGAUUCCAAACUACACACAAAAGGAUAAACCUCUAA